AUGCCGUCGGAGCGCCAGCCUCUGCGACAGAUCAUGGACAACAACGCAGCAACCUCUAGUGCCGAUCCUGACGCUGCGGCGCGUCGUCGUCGCUCGGGACGCGUCUCCAGGGUUCCCGACAAGUUCGCGCCAGAACCAUCCAACGCGCAGGCCUCGAAGCGCAAACGCGACGACGACGCCGAGGAUGAUGAGAAUGACGUCCCCGAGCUCGACGAAGAGGACAGCGACGAAUCGAGUGACGGAGACGGUGAUGCGUCGGACCAAGAUCACGAGCCCGCCUCAUCCCGCAGGGCGCGAAAGGCGCAGCCAUCGCGCUCCAGAAAGCCCGCGGUCAAGAAGCCCAAGACCAAUGGCGCUCACACCUCUGGCGCAAAUCGCGCAAUCACACUCCCUCGGAUGCCGAAAAGGUCCGCGCGACUCGAUACGGGCGACAAGACCACCGGGCUAUACGCUGAAAUAUUCGGAUCCGGCGACACGGGCGGAAUGGUAGCUCAGCAAUGGCUCGAGAGAUACCGCCAGGACCGCAAUGAAGCGCUGCUGGGCCUCAUCAACUGCAUUCUCCAAUGCAUCGGCUGCGAGCAUGAAGUGACCAUCGAUGACGUCCAAGAUCCGGACAAUAUUCCGAACAGACUGACAGACUUGCAAGAUGCUUACCUGGAGCAACAAGAAGUGGACUAUCCGUUGAUAUCCAAGGCCAGGACGACCAGGACGUUUCGCGAGUUGCUCGUGGGAUUCUUCAAGGUUCUCGUUGAUGUCCUGCACGAAUCCGAGGUUCUCUACAAGGACCCGGAACUUAUGGACAACCUGCACGCCUGGCUCUCGAGUAUGUCCUCAUCCUCACUGCGAGCCUUCCGCCACACGGGCACCACCGUCGCCCUCGCAGUGACAUCCGGCCUCGUCGCCGUGGCGCACACCCUCGACUACCGCAUCACCACGAUCGAGCAGCAGCUGCAAGCGUCCAAGCGCUCCACGGCCAAGGCCAAGUCAUUCGAGAUCGGACUCAACCUGAACGAGGCCACCGAAUAUCGCGGAUUCUGUAGUGACACGAUCCAGUCUUUCUUCGACACAGUCUUUGUGCAUCGCUAUCGCGACACCGACCCAGUCAUUCGCACAGAGUGCGUGGAGGCCCUGGGCAACUGGAUCUGGGACCUGCCCACUACGUUCAUGGAGCCGUCAUAUCUCCGUUAUUUGGGCUGGAUGCUUUCCGACACCAACCUCACCACACGCCAAGAGGUGCUGAAACAACUCGGGCGCGUGCUCAAAAGGGAUGCUGCGCAGCUCGGUCACUUUGUCGACCGAUUCCGAGAGCGUAUCGUGGAAAUGGCCACGAGCGACAAGGAUGUAGCCCCAAGGGUUGCGUCCAUCUCCGUCGUCGACGCUCUGCGAGAGGCAGCCUUGCUGGAGCCGGCCGAGAUUGACCGCAUCGGCGAACUCAUCUUCGACAGCGAGCCCAGGGUCCGCAGGGCCGUCGUGGGGUUCUUUGUUGCUUGCAUCGAGGAGGCACACGAGGGAAAAGUCGACGAGCUUGGAGGCAGCGAAGUGCUGGACGAGUAUGAUCACGUCGAGGAAGACGACUACGAGUCUCCCAGGAGAGAGUGGGUCAGCAUCAAGUGCCUCGCCGAGACUCUGUCUGCCUACGACGCCCAAAUUGAGGAUCGCCAACAGGACGACCAUCCUAUCCGCCUAGCUGUCGCAGUGGACCUGCUGGGUGCAGACCCUCCAGAAACCCGCGUCUCCCUCGCAGCCCAAGUCCUCUACGACAAGGUUGACGAGGUGAGAGACUGGCAGCUGUUGGCUGGCUAUCUGAUGCACGACCAUACGACAAGCAAAAAGUCGGCCUCCAGAUCCAAAGCCGCGUCGCACGAGAAUGCUUUCAAGAAAGCUGUCGCCCCAGAACCCGCCGAAGAGGCCAUCCUCCUCAAAGUGUUGGUAGCAGCUAUCAAGACGGACCUAGAGCAUACAGCAGAGCUUGAUAAGGGCAAACGACGCGGGCAGCGCAUGGAGGCGCCUGCGGCCCAGGAAAGGAUUGCCGAAGCACUGCUCAACAUCAUCCCUCGGCUUCUGAACAAGUUUGGCGCCGAUCCCGAACCUGCGAGCACGGUGCUGCAUCUGGAACACUACCUGAACAUCUCCAUGUCGCGCCAGCUCAGGUCGGGCGGUACAAAGUAUGCCAAGCUGCUCGACGAGAUGUGCACGCAAUUCACUCGACACAAUGAUCCCAGCGUCGUGUCCAGGACAGUGCAUGCGCUGCUGCAUGCGCGACAGCACGAGGACUCGGAGGAGCUCGUGGACGAGCGACUUGACAACCUCUGGGAUACCUGCGUUGCGUCGUUACGCAGCAUCAAUGCCAAGUGCGAGCUGAGCAAACGAGGCAACCUGGACGCAGACUCCCUGCAAAGCCUGUCCACCGUCAUCAUGAAGAUCAGCCGCCUCGCCGGUAUCGCCAGCUGUGUCGACGUUCUCGAUGCUCAGACCGAUGCCGAGGACCCUGAUACAUCUGUGCUCAACAUUCUGCUCGAGACUAUCAAUCGCGGGAAGUACGAUCCUCAGGAUAAUGAGGAGAUUGACGAUCUCGAGGACGAGGUCGUCUCGUAUGCCUUGAAGGCCUGCGGUUUCUACUUCAUGUGGAGAGUCCAGCAACUGGUCAAGCUCCUCGGCGAUGGAAACUACCCGUCCAUGUCAGACGUCAAUCUUCUCUCUUCCCUGCGGCAGAAGUAUCGCCGCCACACCAUCGUCACCUUCUCUUCGCGAGCGGCAGUCGAUGAGCUCCGGAUCUUCGCCACAGGCUGUCUCUGUGAGCUUCAUGUCUUCUUUUCGAGCCUUCGCGAGCACAUCAGCAAACGUCGCUCGACUGCAGCCAGCGAUGCACAGCGCGAUGUGCUUGACCAGCUUGAGCUCCUCGCACCCGAGAUUGAACCCACGCUUGUGCCCGAGAUCUUCUCGAUCUUUGAGGGAGCCGAGAAGGCAUUCGCCAAGCGAAGCAAACGCGUCCACCUCAACGCACCAGCUGAGGACGAAGAGCCCAUCAACGACGAGGAAGAAGAGGACGACGACGACGACGAAGACGAAGCCGGCCUGAGCGAGCACGCACGACUGGCCCGCCAAUUGCAGGCUGAGAAGGCACUCUGUCGACUCACAGCAUUCCUGGUUGUGUGCAUCAACCUCAAGCUCCUCGAUAGCUCGGGGGCUUACAAAGGCCGGCUCCGGAAGCGCCUGCUGCGCAACCGCAACAAGCUUGGCAAGAACUUUAGUGAUGUCGUUGCCCAUCUCGACAAGAAGAACGCCCUUCCUCGCGCGGCCCAGUCUGCCAAGAAAUCCACGACUACGGCCCAGGAGAGUGAGCAGCAGCCCGCCAGAGAACCCGAGCCCAUUGAUGAUGACGACGAGGACGAAGAACAGGCAGCCCAUAACGACGACCCCUUUGCCUCGGGCGACGAGCGGGACAGGGAGGCUGGGCUGGACUUUGACCCCAUCGACGAUGAGCCCGACGAGGCCGCGCCGCCUCAGCGGAAUAACGAUGUAGAUGAUGAUAUUCUCGGCGAUUGA